AUGGGGUCCACCGUUCUCCCGUACAUGGAGACUAAGCCGAAGAUGAUCUUCUUCACCGAUUUCGAUGGUACUAUUACCGUCGACGACAGCAAUGACUUCAUGAUUGACAACCUUGGCUUCGGUCGCGAGGAGCGCCGCAAGUUGAACGAUGAGGUUCUGGAGGAGCGCAUGGGCUUCCGUGACGCCUUCCGCCUCAUGCUUGAGAGCAUCAAGACCCCUUACAACGAGUGCAUCGAGAUCCUGGAGAAGAACAUGAAGCUGGACCCAUAUUUUGAGGAAUUUUACUACUGGGCCGAGAAGAACAACGUCCCUAUCGUCAUUCUGUCCUCCGGUAUGCGCCCGAUCAUUAGUGCGCUGCUCGAGAAGUUCCUUGGCCACGAGCCCAAGAGCCACCUCACCAUUGUCUGCAACGAGGUGAUUCCUCGGGAUGGCAAGGAUAUCAACAGUGAGGGUGGUUGGCAGAUCAAGUAUCACGAUGAGAGCCACUUCGGCCAUGACAAGUCCCUUGAGAUCAAGCCGUAUGCGGCUCUGCCCGACGGCGAGCGGCCCAUUCUCCUGUACGCUGGUGACGGUGUCUCUGACCUGUCGGCUGCUGCUGAGACCAACCUCCUGUUCGCAAAGGAGGGCAAAGAUCUGGUCACUUUCUGCCAGCGCCGUGGCAUGCCCUACACCACUUUCCAGGAUUGGUCCACCAUCCUCUCCACUUCCCAAGACAUUCUCGCUGGCAAGAAGUCGCCGAGCGAGGUCGCCGUCCAAGCGAAGAGCGCUUGA